GGAGAUUUUUUCUCUGACACAGGGGCUCUGCACCAGGCUCUGCACAACAACAGCAUCACCAAUGAAACUGCUGCCAUUCCUAGUUCUGAUCUCCAGUCUGCUGGACUAUGGCUGCACUUCUCCAAGCUGCAACAUGACAUGUCACAAAGAUGCCAGGUGUGAAGUUCAGGGUGGGACAACAGGCUGCUAUUGCUCCCAAGGAUACACAGGAAAUGGCAUAACAAUCUGUAAAGAUGAUAAUGAGUGUGAAAAUGCUACUCAGCCUUGUGGAGAGCAUGCCAAUUGCACAAACACAGAGGGAAGUUAUUACUGCACAUGUAUGUCUGGCUUCAAACCCAGCAAUGGACAACAAAUUUUUGUUCCUAAUGAUGGAACCUCCUGCAUGGAUGUAGAUGAGUGCAGCAAUGAAGGAACUGUUGCCUGUGGAGAUCAUGCAAAAUGUGAAAACGUGGAUGGAGGGUUUAUCUGCUCCUGUAAGGAAGGUUAUCAACCAUCCACAGGAAAAUUGCAGUUUAAGCCAAAUGAUGGCACUUCCUGCCAAGAAAAUCCAAAGGCCAAGUGUGAGUUAUUCAAAGACUGUAUAGCUGAACAUAUUAAUAGAACUUUAGCCAGAAUUAGUCAUUUGAAAACACCUCUGGAGAAGCUGCAAGAAAUUAAUAAAAAUACUUUGGGACCGCUUUCACCUGUAGAAGUGGUUUCAUAUGUUGAAGCACUGUCUUUUUCAUCGUGGAACACCAUGAGUGACCCUGUCUCUGACAAUGAAGCCCUUCACAACACCACCAUUAACGUUUUGGUCAACACUGUGAACAAUCUUUUACAAAAAGACAAAAUUACUGUCUGGGAAGCUCUGCCUGUGGAUAGCCAAAGGCGGAGCCUGACUAAGCUGCUGCACACUGCAGAGCAGGCAGCACUUCUGGUGUCACAGGGCUUCAAAAAGACAGCCCAGCUGGAUGCUAAUGCAAGUGACAUAGCACUCAAGGUUUUUGCUUUUGAUUCACACCACAUGAAACACAUCCACCCUCAUGUAUACACAGGGGGAGAUUACAUAAAGAUCUCUCCGAAGAAGAGAAAGGAACCUCAUCCAAAUGGCACCGUCGCCGUUGUCUUCCUGCGGUACGGCAACAUCGGCUCUCUGCUUUCAUCGCCUCUCAACCGCUCCUCCAAAGACCCCUCCGAGCAGAGACACACCGUGAGCUCAGCACUUAUAGCUGUGGCAAUCAGCUCAAACCCACCCACACUCUACGAGCUCGAGAAAAUAACAUUUACCUUAAAGUAUGCCAAGACUGCAGAUAAAGACAUUAAAUGUGCAUUUUGGAACUACUCAGACACAAUGAAUGGCAACUGGGCUACAGAAGGCUGUGAGCUGACACAUUCCAACUCCACUCAUAUCUCAUGCAAAUGCAAUCAUCUGACUCAUUUUGCUGUUUUGAUGUCCUCAGGUGGCUCCGUUGGUGUUACAAAUUAUAGCAUUCUUACAAGAAUCACUCAGCUAGGAAUAAUUAUUUCGUUGAUUUGCCUCUCCAUGUGCAUUUUCACAUUCUGGUUCUUCAGUGAAAUUCAAAGCACUAGAACAACAAUUCACAAAAACCUCUGCUGCAGCCUUUUCCUGGCGGAACUUAUUUUUCUGAUUGGAAUUAAUAUGAACAAUAAUAAGCUCUUCUGUUCAAUUACUGCUGGACUACUCCAUUAUUUCCUUCUAGCUGCUUUUGCAUGGAUGUGCAUUGAAGGUAUUCACCUCUACCUUAUAGUUGUGGGAGUCAUCUACAACAAGGGUUUCUUGCACAAGAAUUUCUAUGUCUUUGGCUAUGUCAGUCCAGCCGUGGUUGUUGGAAUCUCUGCUGCUCUGGGAUACAAGUACUAUGGCACCACAGAAGUAUGUUGGCUCAGCACUAAGAAUAACUUUAUAUGGAGUUUUAUAGGACCAGCAUGUCUAAUAAUUCUUGUUAAUUUGUUGGCUUUUGGAGUGAUUAUUUAUAAAGUAUUUCGACACACUGCAAUGUUAAAGCCAGAAGUCAGUUGUUAUGAAAAUAUAAGGUCCUGUGCUCGAGGUGCCCUUGCUCUCCUCUUCCUCCUCGGGGCUACCUGGAUUUUCGGGGUCCUCCAUGUGGUCCAGGGGUCUGUGGUUACUGCCUAUCUUUUUACAAUCUUCAAUGCAUUCCAGGGGAUGUUCAUCUUCAUCUUUCUCUGUGUAUUGUCUAGGAAGAUUCAGGAGGAGUAUUAUAGAUUGUUCAAAAAUGUUCCUUGCUGUUUUGGCUGCUUGAGAUAAAGGGAAGGAAAACACCCAAAACCAUCUCAGCAGAAGAAAGAAGCAACCUACAUGGUGUUGUUAUGGAUAUUACUGCAAAAUAUGGUAUUGUGAAAGAAUGAAAUGACCCAGUGAGCAGGCAUAUCUCUUAAGUGAAUUAAUGGUUUUGUACAUACAUGUGCAUUCAUGCAGAACAUCUUUAUUAUUCUGUAUACUAACAGUAUACAAAACAAUCUGGAUCAUUGCAAAACAAAUAUUAAUAAAGACAAGAUAAAGAAGCAAAUUUCUAAAGAACUUCAAGACUUCAUGACUGAGGUUUUGUUUCUAAUAUUAAGGAUAUCUGCAGUUCUUGAAAGCAAGAUACCAAAAGCCAACUGGCACAGCAGAUUUUAUGAAGUACUUUGCUAGUGGAAACAUGUUCACCAUCCUUUUGUAGUAAUGAACUUCAUACACUAAGUUGUAUGUGACCAUCUGCAGGGAAUGGGUUCCAUUAAAAAGUCCAUAGAUAAAGAUCUGCUUCAGCCUAGACUUUUGAAAACAUUUCUUUUAAUUUAAAGUAGAUUAAAAAAGGAAUUUGUUUAAUAUUAUUCUCUUAUCACUCUGAAAUAUAUAUUUGUAUAUUAAUCAAUCCUUUAUUUUUAUAACUUCUAAAGAACUGUUUAUAUCUAAAGAGCUGAGGUCAGAUCUGAUACAAGAAUGGUGGGACCGUCAUUUUAUAACUGAAAGAUUAUUUUGUGAAUACUUUGAAAAAGAUCUGGUUCUUGUUUUAUUUAAUUGCCAAAAAGACUGAGAUCUGCUUAACUGGCACUAUGAUUUUGGAGGCUGUGGGAAGAAGAUGCUUUCACAGGUUUUUCACUUCAUAGACAUACUUGGAAUCCAGACUUUGUAGGAUCAAAUUAAUGUGGUAGAAGUCACCCAUGCAGAAAAACACAGAUUUAAAUUCAAGGUAAUGCAGCUCUGCACCGUGUAAAAUUCCAGCUACAGCAGUUUUGUCAUAGCAUCUUUGAGUCAAGCAGUUGUCUUCCUCUGAGGCUCCUGGGUUUGAAACAAUCCUGCACAUAACCUUAGGAGUAUCUCUAGAAGUACUAAAAUCCAAGGGACUACCGAGGUGUGAGUUUGGCAGAUCAGAGCAUAAACACAAUGUAUUAACCAUUCCAGCUAUGGCAUCUGACUUAUUUGAAAGGUAUACUUUAAUUUCACCCUUUGGGCACCCAAAUUAAGUGAAGUGCUGAGCAAUUUCCUGUCCACAUUGCCUUCUCAGGAAGUGUCCAGGAUCUCAGAUGAGGCCCAGUAUUUUUGCCAGUGAGGCACUGUAAAUACCUAGUUGUUAAUAAAUCCCACUGUUGUGUUGUCUGUUAAAAUAAAGCACUAGUCUGAAUUUUAUUUAUAUUAAAGGAAAUCUUUUUCUAGUAAUGGUCAGUUUUGGUUUUUAUCUUUUUUUUUCCUUAUACACAAGGUUUUCAUUGUAUGCACUGCAAUGAUAAGCUUCAUUAAGUAUGUUCCAUGCCUGCGUCAAGUUUUUUGAAAAGAGAGUAGUCUAUUUUUCAAAAAAACACUAAAGAAAUCUCCUGGUCCUUUGAAUGUAAAAUAUGUGAAUAAACUGGAGUGCUUUGCUUUUACGUUUUGACAUUUCCAUUCAUUUAAAUAAACACAGUGGUAAAAGUUCUCAUUGUAACAUAUCAUUUGCCCUCAAUUAUUUUCUGUAUUUCCUUUGCUGUUGUAUAUGUUCUUCUAAAGUUGGGAAAUGCAGAUACAUACUACUUAAAAGAAUAUUUUUAGAAGGAUAUCUACCAGCCCAUCAUUUUUAAUCUCCUGCAGAACUGUAACCUACAGUAAGCUGAUCUGGACAAAGCAUCUCUAGUAACUAUAUAAUGACUUCAGCAUGCUCAGGGAGAUUGAAAAAAGUUCCUUGGAAAGAAAAUAUAUCAUAAAUGUUUAGCUUACAAUAGUCUUUGUAAUGAAAGAACAUCUUUUAUAGGAAAACUGCUCUCCUGUCUCUGGGUCAGAUCUUCAUUGAAACUCUGUUUUCCUUGCAUACAAGGAUGAGUUUUCAUCUUUUAAUACAGCACAUAAAGAGCAGAAAUAUUUUUUAGAUUCCCUGCCUCAGACCCUGAAGGAUAUUGCAAUUGUCCUUCCUAGAGCUUGCAGAUGUACUGACAAGUAAUUAAAGGGUUUAUUUGUCACAGCCCUUAGCUGCAUGACCCCCAGCCCAGCAGAGAGAGGACUGACAUUGGACAUAAACUGAAAAAAUGAGAGGUUUCAACAACAUAUGAGGAAAAACCUUUUCACCAUGAGGGCAGUCAAGAGUUGGAAAGGAUUGCCCAGAGAGUUUGUAUGCUUGUGUUAAAAUCUUUGGAGGAUUUUAAGACUGCAUAAAGUUCACAGCAACCUGAUCUCAACCUGACCCUGCUCUCAGCAGGAAGGUGGAUGAGAUGACCCUCUGAGAUUGUUCUGGAUUGUUCUAUUAGUCUGUGGUAUCAAAAAAUAAUAAUCAGGCAUUAGUUACAAUUUUGUUAUGCAAACUGUUUUUCCAAAAGUAAAUUCAUGUAAUCUAUUUAUCAGAGCAACUAGAUGACUGGUUUGAAAACUAAGAACUUUGUUCAACACUUUUUAAGAUUACACACUUCUUGGAUGCAUGUGACAUGUCCAGUGGGGCCAACAGGAAAAAUAAAAAGUAAAAAACAAUCAGUGAUUGACCAGAGAGAUAAAAAGUAAAAUGUUACAGUUUCACUCUGAAAAUAAAUGCUUGAUAAAGAAAUUUUUUCCAUCAAACCAAACCGAAAUUUGUGU